UUAAAUUUAAAAUAUCUUCAUUUCCAUCAUGACUGCAAUAUGAUAUUUUUAACUUCCAAAUAAGAAUGGAGCGCCUGACGUUCUUCAUCUUCUCUUGUGUUUUGAUUCUUGUAUCAAUCGUGGAGUUGUCAUCUGCUGUUGAUACAAUAACUCCUGGAAAAUCAAUAAGAGAUGGUGAGACAUUAAUUUCCUCAUCCCAGAGAUUUGAGCUGGGCUUUUUCUCUCGAGGAAACUCAAACAACAGGUACCUGGGGAUAUGGUACAAGGUAAGCCCUGAGGCAGUUGUGUGGGUGGCCAACAGAAAAAAAUCAAUUGCUGGUAACUCUGGAGUUCUGACUAUUUUCAAGAAUGGAAGCCUUGUACUCUUCAAUCAAGACAGGAGCAUUAUCUGGUCCUCUAAUUCACCGGUGAUGCCAGGAAAUCCAGUAGCGCAGCUCCUGGAUUCUGGGAACUUUGUUGUCAGGGACUAUAUUGACUCGAGUUCUGAAAGCUACGUUUGGCAGAGCUUUGAUUACCCGUCAGACACACUUUUAGCGGGCAUGAAGCUGGGAUGGAACUUAAAAACCGGGUUUGAGCGAAAUCUUACAUCCUGGAGAAGUCCUGAUGAUCCAUCCCCUGCAGAUUUCAGUCUACGACUUGAGAACAAUAAUUUACCUCAAUUAGUUAUUGGAACAGAAUCAAAAAAAGUGGCUCGCAGUGGACCAUGGAAUGGUUUCCAGUUUAAUGGAAUCCCCAUGGUGCAGAACCACAUCUUCAAACCAAAGCUGGUUCAAAAAAAUGAUGAGUUGAGUUAUAUGUUUGAUACUUCCAGUGACACAGCUCUCACACGAUUAAAAGUUAAUCAAUCAGCUAAUGCACUGCAGCGACUUGUGUGGGAUGAAGGGAGAAAAGAAUGGAACACUCUGUACUCUUGGCCAUUUGAUAUGUGUGGCUAUUAUGCAGUGUGUCGUGUCAAUAGCAUCUGCAGAAUUAGCAAGACACCUAUUUGUGGGUGUUUGAAAGGAUUUGUACUGAAGUCACAGGAUGAAUGGGGUACACCUCAAACUACAAAAUGUGUAAAGAAAUUGCAAAAAGAUUCAGAUUGCCGAAAUGGAGAACAGUUUUUAAAGCUCGCGAAAAUGAAAUUGCCUGAUAAUGGUCAAUUGAACCGAAGCCUGAAUAUGGAGGAAUGUCGAGCUGAAUGCUUAAAUAACUGUUCUUGCAAGGCUUACGCGAAUUUAGAUGCAGCGGGAAAAGGUAGUGGCUGCUUGAUGUGGUUUGAAGAGCUGAUUGAUAUGAAAGAAUGCACAGACGGAUUCAGCUGGGGACAGGAUGUCUUUAUACGAGUUGCAGCUUCAGAACUAGUGGAUGAUUCACAUAGAAGGAGAAUAAUAAAGAUGGCCGUGGUCUCAACAAUUUGUAGUAUGUUUAUAUUUGGCCUUGUACUCUGCCGUGCUUGGAAGAAAACAAGGAAUAAAGGUAAGGAAGAAGCGCAAACUUUAAUAUCCAGAGAGAACAAGAAAGAAGACACAGAAGUGCCUAUAUUUGAUUUCGCUACCAUUGUUGCUGCUACAAAUAAUUUCUCAAAUGCCAACAUGAUUGGUGAGGGUGGAUUCGGUCCUGUUUACAAGGGAAAUCUUCCCAAGGGACAGGAAAUCGCGGUGAAGAGGCUUUCGAAUAAAUCAAAACAGGGUCCACGGGAAUUUAAGAAUGAAGCUGCUUUAAUUGGCAAACUUCAACACAGAAAUCUUGUUGCUCUUGUUGGAAUCUGCAUUGAAAGAGAAGAAAGUAUGCUGAUCUACGAGUAUAUGCCUAAUAAGAGCUUGGAUUAUUUUAUUUUUGAAAAAGAAAGAAGGAAAGUUCUGUCGUGGAAAAAGCGAUUUGAUAUUGUCAUUGGAAUUGCAAGAGGACUUCUCUACCUCCACCAAGAUUCUAAACUUCAAAUAGUUCACAGGGAUUUGAAGGCCAGCAACAUUUUGUUAGACAGUGACCUAAAUCCUAAAAUUUCAGAUUUUGGGUUGGCAAGAAUAUUCAGAAGUGAUGACAAAGAAGUGAACACGAAGAGAGUCAUUGGAACAUUUGGCUACAUGUCUCCCGAGUAUGCCACUGAGGGCACAUUUUCAUUGAAAUCCGAUAUCUUUAGCUUUGGUGUUCUUCUGAUAGAGAUAAUAAGUGGGAAAAGGAAUAAAGGAUUCCGGCACCGAGAUCACCAUCAUAAUCUUAUUGGACAUGCCUGGUUGCUGUGGAACGAUGGAAAGGCUUUGGACCUAGCGGAUAGCUGUUUACAAGAUUCUUUCAUCGAAUCUCAAUUUCAAAGAUGUAUUCAAGUGGGCUUAUUAUGUGUCCAGAACUUCCCAGAGAACAGACCAGAAAUGUCAUCUGUGGUGUUCAUGUUAGUGAAUGAAGAGGUAGCUCUACCUCAGCCUGGGCAGCCAGGUUUCUUCACAGAGAGAGUUUUAAGUGCAGAAAGUUCUCGUUCAGAAAAUGGAAUGAGUAUAACAAUACAGGAAGGAAGAUAGAAUUUCAAGCCCCAGUUUAAUAGUUGUUUCCUGUUGGGGCAUGCAUUAGUUAUGCUCAUAUUUUUGUUUAUAUUAUAAGCUUCAAGUACUUUCUUGUCAGGAAAUAAUUCUAAAAUAUAAUCAUAAAAUGUUUCCACAAUGUCAAUUUUUUUUA